AUGACUUUUGGCCAAGAUAAUAUAGAUGAAAGUGUAGAAUCUAACACCUUAAUGACUACAAGUAGUGCAUCUUCACAUACUAAUAUUGAACUAGGUACUGUAGUUUCAGAAAACAGCCAAAAUAAUACCAAUAAUAAAUCUGAUACUUUAACAACUGCAUUUUCACAUGCUGAUAUUGUUAAUGAUCAUCAGAAUGCUAGAAAUCUUGAAAAUGAUGAACAAUGUACUGUAAUUUCAGAAAACAGUCAAAAUAAUACAAAUGAGAAUACACUUGAAUCUGAUAUCUUAACAACUGCAAGCAAUGCAUUACAUUCUGAUAUUGUUCAAAAAAAUACAUCAACUCUUGUAAAAAAUAAGUCAAAGAAAAGAAAUUCGAUUUCCAUACUACCACAUAAUACAAAUAUUAAAGUUAAUGAUCAUUAG